AUGUGGGCAGCGGCUAAGGAGUAUCAAGAUGGGAAGGUCAAGAACAACUUCCUAAAAGACGUGAAAUGGUCGCCCGACGGUCUGUGCGUCCUGACGAGCUCGGAGGAUAAAAUCCUACGAAUCUUCGAGAUCCCACAAGGGGGCGAAGAGCAUGCGAGCGACGAGCAGAGCUGGGAUCAGUCACGUGACUGUCUCACGGCAUCGUUGAGGAUCCAGCUGAAGAAUGUGAGGAGGAAGGAGAGACGAUCUACGAGUCAGCUUGGUAUCCUGGGAUGCACUCAAGUCAACCUGAGACGUGUUGUGUGUUCAGCACAACGAGAUGCCUGCGAUAGAGAUCACCCUGUUCACGUAUGGGAUGCUUACACCGGACAGUGCCGCGGGUCGUAUUGUGCGUACACCGACGCAGAGGAACUAAGUGGGGCUGGUGGGACUGAGAGAGCUGCAGCAUACUCGAUUGGCUUUGACAACACGAGCAAUAAGCUGUACUGCGGGUACAACAACUGCAUUCGAGUGUUUGACAUCGAGAGGCCAGGCCGCGAACAUGUGCUACAACCUACCUUCAAACGAGCAAACAGAGAGUCGACUGGGCAGAGGGGAAUCAUCUCCUGCAUCUCUUUCAACCCAGAUAGGUCAGGACUUUACGCUGCGGGAUCAUACUCGAGGCAUAUCGCUCUGCUUGCUAGCCCUGCAGGAAAGCUUCUCUACACUCUCAACGGUCACCGAGGAGGCGUAACCUGGUUGGCGUGGAGCCCUUGCGGCAACUACUUGUACAGCGGAGCUCGCAAGGACGAUGAGAUCUUGUGCUGGGAUGUGAGAAAUACGGGAGACGUUCUCUUUCGGUAUGAAAGGUGCUUCGACACCAUCAAAAGCUUGCAGGAUCCAGAGGCCGCCGCAUUUUCGUCAUUCUCCAGCCCUUCCCAGCACAUCACCUCCUCCAUGCUUCACCCUUACCUUGACCUACUUGCUGCUGGGACAGGGACGCGGCUGUACGAGGAGAUCGGGGACCUGGACAGCAGCCAGAUGUUUGUUGAAGGGGCCGAAGAAAAUCCUUUCGAUUGUGCGCUUCUUAUAUGGAAGCUGACGGGGACGGACAUGGACCAUGCGUGCGAAUGA